CAUUGGAGUGGAACAUUACAGGAUUAUCCCGCACCCAUUGAUAAACACACACGUGCAUGCACAUGCGUGCACACACGCACACACACGCACAAACAAUAACACACUGUGCCCCCGCCAGGGCCGUUAGUAAAACAGUAACAAAACAUCCGACCGCUGCCACUGGACCGGAGAACGGGUUCGAUCGCGCUCACGCGCGCACACUCACACACACACACACACACACACACACACACACACACACACAAAAAGCACAUUACCUCACGGGCACGAAGACCCGCGGCACCUCAGUACUGCCAGAGCGGGUGUCUGUUCUUGAGCGAACUCCCGUUCACUGACCGCAGUGCUGAUGGAAGACGGCGGUGCAUGAAUAUCCCAGCUCUGCUGCAAACGCCUCCAGCUUCCAGCCCGCUUCCGCACGUCCAGGAAAAUGUCCGGCUCCUACGACGAAACUGCUGGCCUUGACGCGGCCACAGACAGCUUCUGGGAGGUAGGCAACUACAAGCGCGCCGUUAAAAGGAUUGAUGACGGCCACCGGCUGUGCAAUGACCUCAUGAACUGCCUGCAAGAGCGAGCCAAGAUCGAGAAAAGCUACAGCCAGCAGCUGACCGAUUGGUCCAAGAGAUGGAGACAGCUGAUUGAGAAAGGACCUCAGUAUGGCACAGUGGAGCGUGCCUGGCUUGCAGUGAUGACCGAGGCAGAUAAGGUCAGUGAACUGCACCAGGAGGUGAAGAACGGCCUGCUCAACGAGGACAUAGAGAAGGUCAGGAACUGGCAGAAGGACAGCUACCACAAGCAAAUGAUGGGUGGUUUCAAGGAGACCAAAGAAGCAGAGGAGGGCUUCAAGAAGGCCCAGAAGCCUUGGGCGAAGAAGCUCAAAGAGGUGGAGGCAGCCAAGAAGACAUACCACAUGGCGUGCAAGGAGGAGAAGCUGGCUGCCGCAAGGGAGGCAAACAGCAAGACUGAGGCCUCUGUCACCCCUGACCAGCAGAAGAAGCUCCACGAGAAAGUGGACAAGUGCAAGCAGGAUGUACAGAAGGCCCGAGAGAAAUACGACAAGUGUCUGGAGGAGCUGGGCAAGUGCACACCCCAGUACAUGGAGAACAUGGAGCAGGUGUUCGACCAGUGCCAGCAGAUGGAGGUCAAGAGGCUCACUUUCCUCAAGGAGGUGUUGCUGGACAUCAAACGGCACCUGAACCUCACCGAGAACCAAAGCUACGCCACUGUGUACUGGGAGCUGGAGCGAAGCAUCCUCGCUGCGAACACGCAGGAGGACCUCAAGUGGUUCAGUAACAACCAUGGCCCUGGAAUGCCCAUGAACUGGCCCCAGUUUGAGGAGCAAUUUGGGGAGUACAAUCCAGACCUCACCCACACAAUCACCAAGAAGGAGAAGGUCAAGAAACCCAAUGAGGGGGUCACCCUGACCAACGUCUCCACUGGGAGCGAUCACUUGCAGGCUGGCGACCGAGGCAGCGUGAGCAGCUACGACAAGAACCAGGCCUACUCCGCGGAGUGGUCCGACGACGAACAGCCAGCCUACUCCGGUAAUGAAACCAACGGCGGUGGAAACUCGUUUGAGGACGACUCGGGCGCCGGGAAGGGCGUGCGCGUGCGGGCGCUGUACGACUACGACGGCCAAGAGCAGGAUGAGCUGAGCUUUAAAGCCGGGGACGAGCUGACAAAGCUGGAAGACGAGGACGACCAGGGCUGGUGUAAGGGUCGCCUGGAUAACGGGCAGACGGGCUUGUACCCCGCCAAUUACGUGGAGGUCAUCUAACGUACCCUUGAGAAGGUGGAGACCCCAAUGGAGGCAGCUGAGACUGUUUCAUUCAGUGGUACUGAACAUAGCCAGAGACUCGAAAGCAACACUUCCCUUGUCCGGCAGACGCGCCAAGCAGUCCAAACCAACCAAUCACAGUCUUAGUAACUAAAAAAAAGACAAUAUAUCCACUGUAUGUUUAUCCAGUGUUGGCAGUGGGUCAACAGGGGUGGGGGGGUGUAAAUCAAAUCCACAGCGGUGCAGUAUUUAUUGUGGAACACAUAUGAAUAUCAACGCAAAUGCAGGGAAACGUUUUGCAUUUUUUGUGUAGCCGUGUUCAAUAUGAAUUUUGUGCAGAAGAUAUGACAUUUGUGUAGCCGUACAUUCUCCUAUAGCGAUGAGUAUUACAUAGCCAAUGAUAACCGUGUGGCUCGGACGAGCCGCACAUCGUGCAUCGUAGUAUAUCUGACGACAUUUUUGUGUAGCAGUCUUGAUGCUAUGCGUGUACUCUCGCAUCGGUAAUUCAGUGAAGCGUGCAAGAAAAAAACUAACGCUACACAUCGUAUUUUCGUGUGACUCGGUUGUUCCUGUCAACGGGUGCAUUCUAUACGUGUCGUUUUUUUUUUUUCCCUCCGUAUGCGAUACCACUUGUGUAGCAGCAUGUGCUAUGCAAUGUACAUUCUGUGCUUUUUCGACGAUGUCACACCGGAUGCUGUGUACUGUGGGGCGCGUAGCUCAGCCAUGUGAGCUGGACACAGAGCUGGGGGACGCGUUCCGUUUUCAUGGAGGCGUUAUGAAUUUUGACUCUCUUUCCAAGUUCCAGGAAAUUUGUCUAAAGAAGGAGAAAAUAACAGUUCCUAGCCACUGCUAACCUCGAGCCCUUGGUCCUGCAAAGCUUUUGGAAGGUUUUGAAGUGCCGUGAGCCUUUACUCAUAGAAAGAUGUCCCUUUUUGCUUCCUAUUUCCCACAUCUUACCGCUUCCAAGGGGUUACUGAUGAUGAGUGGGGGGCCGGAGAGCUGGCAAACCCAUGCGAGGGUAAUCAGUCCUUAACUGCCUGUCUGUGUUGGAAAAUCCAACGUAUAACCUCACGUCUACUUGAUAUUUGAUAUAACAAUACCGUGCUCUAGCAAGAUGGUACAUUUUAUCAUUAUUUCGUUGUUUUGCCUGCAUUCUCAUCCAAAGUGACGUGAAAUGGCAUUUUUCAGGUGAGCACCAGUAAUCCAAAGGGUAGGAGCGCUGUUCCUUAAACUGGCCGCCCAAAGCAAAUGUGUCCAUUUGGUGCUUUAUUCGGUUCCAUUCUGGCAUGUUUUCAAAGCGGCUUGUGACUCGAAAAAACAACUAGGAUUAACUAUGCUAGCGUUUCUCACGUUUGCUGUUGGACACACACACACCCUCCUCUCCCACCCGUUUGCUCUGAGCAGCAAGCACUCGGUUUCAGGGGAUGCCGGGGGACUAAGUGUCUCGUCGAGAGCCGCUAACCAACGGCCCUCGCUGAGAACGUCACGUGGGCCGAACUCAAAAGCCAAGCAGAAUUCUGUCUUUACGAAUUACGUGCUUUGCAUUUUCUCCUCCUUGCGACUGGACGUUCCUGCGAAUGAAUCAGCAGUUCAUGAGUUCCAUUCCACCAAACGGCCCAUAGGGGCAUAAACUGUAGACCAUAUACAAUAUAAGCGGUGGCUGUUGAAGAACACUUAAAUCAUACCUAGGUGUUUUAACCCUCCCUCCCUCCACUUACCUGAGAUGUACAUUUAGACAUCUAAUUAGAUAUAUUAAAAACAGAAAUGAGAAGAACAACGCUAUAUACUCAGUUUUAUUCAUGGAUUAGCUUAAGAUUCAGUGUUUUCCAGCAAAUGUGUCGGGAGCUGGGAAGUGCAGAUUUUGGCUGAGAGUCGCUGUGGUAAGUUCAGACCGCUCCGACGGAACCGUCCACUGACACCGUCCUCAAACCCCUCGAACCAAGGCGAGGGACCAGGGCAGGUGGUGUUACGCUCGGGCGUUGAGAUUGGAUGCUAUAGUGUUAAAAGAAAGUGAGUCUCAUCCUACUGGCAGCAGUGCUGCAGUUCCACCAUUAGGAUACACAUCAAUAGAAUAAAUAUCAUAAAUAACUUAUUUAUGUGUGCUAAAGAACAUGAUUCUCAAUAUUUCACUUAGGCGACUGAAAUAAAGGUUCUACUCAAUAACAUCUCCAUUAAAACAGAUUUUUCUUCAUAAAAGUGGCGUUUCCCAAGAAAUGCACCUGUGCCGCCACCUUCUUAGGUCAGCGUAGCCCGGUUUGUUUUCAGAGCCGGGAGCAGUGGGACGAGUUCUUCCCACGGAGCCGUGACGUGCGGAAAGCAGCCGGGGUUUGAGCGCGUAGGCCCUGCGUGAGCCGCGAAACACUCCGAGCGGAAUAGUGAUUCACGCCAACACCCUCGUUUCCCUUGGCGCCCAAGUACACAAACACGCACAGCUUGGGUUCUGAGCUUUGGGAAGAAUGGUACUUCGUCACAUUCGGUGUGUGUUAAUUCCGUGUGCUCAGAAAAAACUGAUUACUUAAAAAACAACGCGAGCAGUCGAACAAAGAGGCAAAGUGUGCCGUCUUGGGUGUAUGUGAUUAAAAAAGAAGACCAGGGGAAAUUUUAAAAAAUUAUGACCUGAUUUCAUUCUAUAUGUAUGUUUUUUUUCAUUAAAAUGGAAUUGUUGACUUGUCAGAGUGCAGCAGACUCGCACUUUAUGAUUUGUAUAUGACAAUGUAAUUUAAAAAAUAUAUUAUAUUGUAACUGUAAAACUGUGUGAAUCUAUCAAUGAAACAUGAAUAUAAGUAAAGCAGUAAAGAGAGGUAUAUAUGUAAAAGAUAUAUUUAUUUUUAUGUUUUUUUUUUUCAGUUUAAUACAUGUGGGAUGCAGCUACUACAGUGUCCUGUGAAAACUCUAUAUUAGCAAUAUAAAAGAAACAUGUAUGUUUAAAGUCAUAGCUCUUAAUCCUUGAAGUGGUGCAGCACCGGCCCAUUUUAAGAUGAAGGAAAAAGAAAUGAUUAAAAGGAACGGUUAAGCUAUUUAUUAAAGAAAAUAAAAAAUGACAAGUCUCCGGAAGGUGGAUCAGCGGAGUUAGGAACAGUGACAGAUCAAUUUUGGUGAAUGACCACUAAAAGCUUUGCUGUGGAAAUCUAACCUAGUGGGUCAUUGCUUAUUGAUUGCCUGACAAAUGUGAGAUUUUAUAAUAAUUUUACAUAAACUACAUUUAGUGCAUUCUGUAACUCACUUUAGUCUCACUUAAGUGGUACAAAUUAUAACCUUCUUUGGUCGCAGUUUCCCAAACCGCUGCACCACCCGAUGGGCAAAAUAUCUCCGUUCUCGUUGGUCACAGAAGCGCAGAUACUCUGCACCUGUUGUGAAGUCAGUGGUGUGACAACUCGUUCGGUAUUGUGGACCAGUAAAAAGUACCAGUAGUACUCACUUGGGUUAAAAACAAAUAUUAAUGGGUCACUUUAGGCUCACUUGAGCACUGGGGGCACAUACCCCCCCUCCCUUGUCCCCCAACCCUUUGUAACACCUAUGUGUGAAAUACUCAAAAAUACGAACAUCGUAACAAAGAAGGCACACAGAUUGUGCUCAAAGGUGUGCCAGGUGUACCUACUACAGACAUGGCAAAAUUUGAAGAAGUUGAAUUAAACUCUGUAUUGCUUGCUUAUUGUUUCCUGCCCCCGACUGGGUGCUACUGGAAAAAAAGUGACGGGAACAGGAGUCUGACCUUUCAGUCUCUGUUGGAGGCGGUCAAAAUAAAGUGAGGCUGAAGUGAUGCCGAAAAGGU